CUUCAACCACGAAGAGAGCCACUUGUGCCGGUAAACUGGCCUUGGAAUAUCAUCGGGCCGGGACUUGUGGGGAGUAAAUCGUGGUUGAGGCUCGUGUUUGUGCUAUACAUACAACGUCGAGUCCUCAACCACAGAGUACAUUACACGACAGUUUCAAACCUCAUCACCGCACCCAGAAGAAGCAAGAGCAAGGGGCAAGCCGAAGAUCACCAACACAGUGCAACAAAUAAUCACUGGGCCCUUAUCAACCACCACAUCACCUAACCCAACUACAUCAUCAAGAUGUCCAAACCAGCAAUCGGUUUCUGCGGCCUCGGAGCCAUGGGUCUAGGGAUGGCUACCAACCUCGUCAAGCAAGGUUAUUCAGUGACCGGCUUCGACGUUUACCCUCCCUCGCUCGAUAAGUUCCAGAAAGCAGGCGGCAUCCCCUCAACCUCACUCUCGGAAUCCGCAAAAGACAAGCCCUUCUACAUCGUCAUGGUCGCCUCGGCCAUACAGGCUCAGCCCGCACUCUUCGCUGACGACGGCAUCGUCAAGUCGCUGCCUCAGGGCGCAACGCUUCUGCUGACCAGCACGGUGCCGAGCAGCUACGCCCAGAGCGUCGAGAAGGAACUCAAGGACAUCGGCCGCGAUGAUAUUUUCUUCAUCGAUGCGCCAGUCUCUGGAGGGGCGGGGCGCGCGGCUGACGGUACGCUGACGAUCAUGGCGGGUGCAUCAGACGCGGCAUUCGAGAAGGGGAAGUGGCUGCUUGCUGAGAUGAGUGCGCCUUCCAAGCUGUUCAUUGUAGAUGGUGGGAUUGGGCAGGGAAGUAAUAUGAAGAUGGUGCAUCAGGUGCUUGCGGCGAUUCAGAUCUUGGCUGUUAGCGAGGCGUACGGCUUUGGUGCAAGGUUAGGACUGAAUGGAAAGGAUGUUAGUGAGACGGUGAUUGGGGGCGAUGCGUGGAGUUGGAUGUUUGAGAACAGGACGCAGAGGACAUUGAAAGAAGACUACUUCCCAGGUGCGAGUGCGGUCACCAUCAUCCUGAAGGACACAAGCAUCAUCACACUAAGGGCGCGCGAACUUCAGUUUCCGACUCCUCUCUGCUCAAUCGCAGAGCAAGUCUACUUUGCAGCACUCGACCGUGGCUGGGGCGCCAACGACGACGCUGGAGUCGUGCGUCUUUGGACCUCGGAGCCAGUCUCGAGCAUCCAGAGCUCGCUGUCAGCUGAGGAGAAGGCGCAGAAGCUUGCCCUCGUCAAGGAUCUGCUGAAGGGCAUCCACCUUGUUGCAGCAGCAGAAGCGCUUUCUCUUGCUAAACAUGUCAACAUUCCCCUGCCUCAAAUCUACGAGCUGGCUAAAGACGCUGCAGGAGGUAGCAAGCAAUUCGAAAUCUUUGGACCCAAGAUGUUGCCCAUUCUGGAGGGUCAGUCAGAUGACAAUGGCAAGGUACUUGACAGCUACGUCGAGGGACUGCAGAAGGCGCUGGAUGAGGCACAAGCUAUCAAGUGCCCGACGUACCUGGGUAAUGGCGCGCAAGCGUUGCUGCUGCAAACUGGGAAGAGCCGGGAUCUUGCGGCGCUGCUGAGGUUCUAUAGCGUAUAGAAGAGUUGACAAAAUGUGAAGAGGCCGGGCGCUCAGGAUUACUGUUCACCUUGUUGAGCUUUCCACGAUAUUGCAAAGCGGAU